CACACUCUGUGCAGAGCCCAGUACAGGGCUUGAUCCCAUGCGCAGAGCCCCAUGUGGGGCUGGAACUCAGGAACCAUGAGAUCAUGACUUGAGCAGAAAUCAAGAGUCGGACACUCAACUGACUGAGCCACCCAGGCACCCUUAUUAGUUUUUAGUAUUCGUUUUUUAAGUGGAAGACAAAUCAGAAGACUUUCCUUGACUAGCUGAAGAUACCAGAGUUAGAAUCAGGAAUACUUCUGAUUUUGUAAAUAUUGGACACUUACUUAAAGCAUGUAGAUCAGAAGUAUUGGGGAAAAUUAAGGUAACUUCUAUCAAGAAAGUAUGCCUCAUAGUGAUGAAGACACAGAAAGGACUAGGGCUACACCUAGAUAGACUUUUUUGUUCCUUUUGAAAGGAUACUGGUAUCCUGGGACUAGAGCAAAUGUGUAAACAAAAGAUUGCGAAAAACCUUAAUAUCAUAGAGCAGAGAAGAAAAAUAUCCCACUUUUAGAUACUAUUUUAUAUAAAUUUAUAAAGCCCAACUAGAUAGGGGCACCUGGGUGGCUCAGUCUGUUGAGUGUCCGAUUCUUGAUUUCAGUUCAGAUCAUGAUCUCCUGUUUCAUGAGUUCCAGUCCUACAUGGGGCUCUGUGCUGACAGUGUGGAGCUUGCAUGGGAUUCUCUCUCUUCCUCUCUCUCUGCCCCUUCCCUGCUCAUGUUCUCUCUCUCUCAAUAAAUAGACAUCAAAAAAAAAAAAAAAACAAUUUUAUAUAUGUAUAUAAAAAGCCUAACUAGAUAGAAUGUUUAUUAUUUGUUAACACUCCUGGGAAACCUUGUAUACUAUUUUCUGAUAUUAUUAAGAUAAUUUUGGCAAGACUUUAAGUUCUAGGAUAUCUCUGUUAACUUUAUUACUAUAUUACAUUUAUUGCUGCCUAUAUUGCAGGGUACUUGAAAGCAUUUGUUUUAUUGUAAUGAUUUUUAGUUCUCCUAUAUAAUGAUGUAUAUCCACCUUUUGUAUCAGAUUGCCUUCUCUUUGUAUUUCUAACCCCCUUUUUGGUAACUUAAAUGUCCCAUGUAGUUAAUGGUUUUGUUUGACAAUGAUUAUGCUGGUGGAGACUUUGUUUGAAAGUUAAGAAAGAAAAGGAGAAAACAAAGGAAAGCGUGAAUGCAUGAAUAUAUUUUCAACUACUGAAAAUACAUGCUUUAAAGCUUCUUCCAAAAUAAGGCUGAAUAAUAAGGUAACAUUUGUGGCCAUGAUGAUAUACUUGUUUUACAGGUUCUGUUUUAGUUUAGAGGGGAAAGAGUUUUGGAAGGAGAGAAGCCUCAGAAAGGCUUUCUAUUCCCUGGGUGUGGGCCAAGUCACAUGGAUUGGGUGUGGGGAGUUUCAGUGUUGCAGAACAGACCAGGAAGCUCACUGAAAUUAUCCUGAGCUGUGUUAACAGACUGACAAAAGAGAACACGGGAUUUUUAUUCAAAAUGGAUUGGUUAAACGUCUUUAAAGAUUUUUUCAGCAUUGGAAAAGUGAAAAGAAAACCUAGUGUGCCAGAUUCUGCAUCUCCUGCUGAUGAAAGCUUUGUUGACCCAGGGGAACGCCUCUAUGACCUCAAUAUGCCUGCUUAUGUGAAAUUUAACUACAUGGCAGAGAGAGAAGAUGAAUUAUCAUUGAUAAAAGGGACAAAGGUUAUUGUCAUGGAGAAAUGCAGUGAUGGGUGGUGGCGGGGUAGCUACAAUGGACAAGUUGGAUGGUUCCCUUCAAACUAUGUAACUGAGGAAGGCGACAGUCCUUUGGGUGACCAUGUGGGUUCCCUGUCAGAGAAAUUAGCAGCAGUUGUCAAUAACCUAAAUACUGGGCAAGUGUUGCAUGUGGUACAGGCUCUUUACCCAUUCAGUUCGUCCAAUGAUGAAGAACUUAAUUUUGAGAAAGGAGAUGUAAUGGAUGUUAUUGAAAAACCUGAAAAUGACCCUGAAUGGUGGAAAUGCAGGAAGAUCAAUGGAAUGGUUGGUCUGGUGCCAAAAAACUAUGUUACCAUUAUGCAGAAUAAUCCAUUAACCUCAGGUUUGGAACCAUCACCUCCGCAAUGUGAUUACAUUAGGCCUUCACUCACUGGAAAAUUUGCUGGCAAUCCAUGGUAUUAUGGGAAGGUCACCAGGCAUCAAGCAGAAAUGGCAUUAAAUGAAAGAGGGCAUGAAGGUGAUUUCCUCAUUCGUGAUAGUGAAUCUUCGCCAAAUGAUUUCUCUGUAUCACUAAAAGCACAAGGGAAAAACAAGCAUUUUAAAGUUCAACUAAAAGAGACUGUCUACUGUAUUGGGCAGCGUAAAUUCAGCACCAUGGAAGAACUUGUAGAACAUUACAAAAAGGCACCAAUUUUUACAAGUGAACAAGGAGAAAAACUGUAUCUUAUCAAGCAUUUGUCAUGAUAAUACUGACCAGAAGUGACUGCUGCACGGCUAUAAUUCGUCACGUAAUUGAAGACUGAGAAAAUGUCAGUCCAGUCAUGCUUGAUUGGAAAUUGCUUUCUAACUCUACAUGAGAAUGACUGUAAUACAUAAGUAUUUUUAUUAUAACUCAGCCCAUACAUAUAUACUACAUAUGCAAAGCAUCUGCACAAAGCAAUUCCUUAUCCUUGGUCUUCUUUUUUAUUGUUUUCUUUGCUGUUUUUCUUUUUGCUUCUAAUAUUAAGGUUUUAUAUUUUGAGAAAAUGAUGCAGAUCAGAAGUCUUUAUAUGGAAGAAUUUAUUGGGUUUUUUUUUUUUUCCUUUAUUUCCCUGUAAGGGACCAUGUUAGUCAUUUCCGCAGUGGUUUUUCUUCAUAUAAAAUUAUUAUAUCAUUAUAUGGCAUAUGCUAAAAUAAAUUUCAUGGAGAAUGUUGAUCUUUUCUGUGACUAAAUAGCAAUAAUAAAUGGAAAAUUAGAAAUUAUUUUCAGGUAUUUGUUGUAAGCCAUUGUAAAUAUCAAGUAUGUUGUGUCUCCCAUUUUAAAAAAAUUAUUGUCUUCAUUGUAAAGCAAAACAAAUGGGAUAUAGGUUAGAAAAUAUGUCUUGUAUACUUUUAAUUUACAGCUAUUGGAAACAAAAAUCUCUGAAUUUCUAAGAUUUUUUGAGGGGGUGCUUCUUUCUUAACUGGUUAUUCAGGAGAAUAAAACAGUGUCUGAGAUA